AAAAGGGCGAAAAAAAAACCAAGAAAAGGGUAUGUUUACAUUUUACGUCUCUUGCUUGCAAAAAGACUUGUUCAAACAGAGAGGAAGAACUCAUACAAUAGAAUGGAUCAUCAUCAUCAUCAUCAUCGACACAUAACGUCUUUGAAGCACUUCUUCUUCUCCCUUCCUUCGUCAUGUCCCUUCGUCUUCAUUAAGAUCAGGAAAUAUCUCUGCGUCUUCGUAUCUCUCCUCGGCCUCAUCAUAUUAUCCGGCGUCGUCGCCUCUUUGGAGCCUCGCACUUUGCUCCUCCGUCUUGGGUUCUUGUCCGAAACCCUAAACCAACGACCAUACUGUGAUUACUCGUACGGAAGAUGGGUUCGUGUCGAUGGAAACUCGAGGGUUCGAUUGUACGGAGAGGAUUGCAGGUUUCUCGACCCGGGUUUUCGUUGUCGCAGUAACGGAAGGAAGGAUUCUGGGUAUCUUCAAUGGCGAUGGCAACCGUACGGCUGCGACCUUCCCCGAUUCAAUGCGAGUGAUCUUCUGGAGAGGAGUAGGAAUGGGAGGAUAGUUUUUGCCGGAGAUUCUAUCGGGAGGAACCAGUGGGAAUCUCUAUUGUGUAUGAUCUCUGAAGCAGUGCGGAACAGAUCUUCCAUAUACGAAGUGAAUGGGAAUCCCAUAAGCAAACACAAAGGAUUUCUCUCUAUGAGAUUUCCCGACCACAACCUCACCGUCGAAUACUAUAGAGCCCCGUUUCUGGUGGUCAUUGGCCGCCCACCCGAGAACUCGUCCGAAGAAAUCAAGAUGACGGUCAGAGUGGACGAGUUCAACUGGCAGUCCAGAAGAUGGGUCGGAUCUGAUGUCUUGGUCUUUAACACAGGGCACUGGUGGAACAAAGACAAAACCAUCAACUCAGGAUGUUAUUUUCAGGAGGGAGGGAAACUGAACAAGACAAUGGGAGUAAUGGAGGCUUUUGGGAGGUCUUUGGGGACGUGGAAGUCAUGGGUCACAGAGAAACUAGAUCCUGAGAGGAGUCAUGUCUUCUUCAGAAGCUUCUCUCCAGUUCACUACAGGAAUGGGACAUGGAACUUGGGCGGCCUAUGUGAUGCAGAGACAGAGCCAGAGACUGACAAGAGGAGAAUGGAACCCGACCCAAUUCAUAACAGAUAUAUAGCUCAAGUAAUCGAAGAAAUGGGAUAUGGACACAGCAGUAAGGUUAAGUUUAUGAAUAUCACAUAUCUAACCGAGUUUAGAAAAGAUGCUCAUCCUUCGCGUUAUCGAGAGCCGGGCACUCCUGCUGAUGCUCCUCAAGACUGCAGCCAUUGGUGCCUACCUGGUGUACCUGACACAUGGAAUGAGAUUCUCUAUGCUCAGCUUUUGUCAAUGGGUUAUAGAACAAAGCAAUAA